AUGGCCAUUGCUGGCUCUGGAGUCGGAGGUGGCCACCAGCUAAGGAAUUCAGGCAGCCUCCAGAAUGUGGAAAAGUGCAAGAGUCCAGAAUGCAGAGGGACAGGGGGAGAUUUGCUUUGUGAUGGAGAAACCUGCCAAACACUUCCUCAGCCAGGUGAGAUGUGGAAUCUCUUAGAAUUGUAUCAUCGGUUAAGAAACAUUCAAGGAGUAAUGAUUAAAUAUCUGAUGGAGAAGGGCGUGUUGACAACAGAGAAACAGAACUUCCUACUUUUUGACAUGACGACACAUCCCCUCACCAACAACAAUAUUAAGCAGCGCCUCAUCAAGAAGGUACAGGAAGCUGUUCUUGACAAAUGGGUGAAUGACCCUCACCGCAUGGACAAGCGCUUGCUGGCCCUUAUCUACCUAGCACACGCCUCCGAUGUCCUGGAGAAUGCUUUCGCUCCCCUUCUGGACGAGCAGUAUGAUUUAGCCACCAAGAGAGUGCGGCAGCUCCUUGACUUAGAUCCUGAAGUGGAAUGUCUGAAGGCCAACACCAGUGAGGUCCUGUGGGCAGUGGUGGCCGCGUUCACCAAGUGA